GGAACCCACCGCUUCCGGUCCUUCCUACAUACACAUGUCAACUAGCCGUUAGCUCUGUCAACAACACAGAAAGUGGCAAUAAACGCCACUGAGGAUGGUCCACUUUAGCAGAAUCUGCUUCCGGAAGUAUGGAAACUUUGUGGACAACCUCCGUCUGUAUGUCCGUGGAGGCAGCGGGGGCAUGGGUCUACCCCGUUUAGGGGGUCGGGGAGGAAGCGGGGGAGAUGUUUGGGUGGUGGCUUCAAAGAACAUGACCUUGAAGAGGAUCAAGGAUAAGUACCCUGAGAAGCGUUUUGUCGGUGGAACAGGAGUCAACAGCAGUGUCCGAGCGCUGAAAGGAGACAAGGGGAAUGAUAAGGAGAUCUUGGUUCCAGUUGGUAUCACAGUCACCACUGAUGAUGGCAAAGUAAUUGGUGACCUGAACACUGAGAGUGAUCGUCUGAUGGUGGCGAAAGGAGGAACCGGCGGCUCCUUCCGCUCUGGGUUUGAGCCCAGAAAGGGCGAGAACAAACAUAUAAGGCUGGACCUCAAACUAAUCGCUGACCUGGGCCUUGUAGGGUUCCCAAAUGCUGGAAAGUCCUCUCUCCUGACCGCCAUGUCUAAUGCCACACCUCAGAUUGCCAACUAUGCUUUCACAACUUUGAGGCCUGAGAUCGGCAAACUGAUGUAUACAGAUUACAAGCAGAUUUCUGUUGCUGAUCUCCCAGGCCUGAUCGAGGGAGCUCACAUGAACAAAGGCAUGGGCCACAAGUUCCUGAAACAUGUGGAGAGGACCAGGCAGCUUCUGUUUGUGGUGGAUGUUUGUGGUUUCCAGCUGGCAAGUAAGACACCGUUUAGGUCGGCCUUUGAAGCUGUUCAACUCCUCACCAAGGAAUUGGAGUUGUACAAAGAGGAGCUUGUGUCAAAGCCGGCUUUAUUGGUGGUGAAUAAGAUGGACCUACCAGAUGCUGAGGACAAACUAGCAGAGCUGGAGGAGCAACUACAAAACCCAGAUGAGUUCUCUGAUCUGUUGCCUGAUGACAUGAUACCCAAGAACUACAUGACCUUCAGACACGUGGUUCCUGUCUCUGCCUCCACUGGGUUUGGCAUCGACCGCUUGAAAAGUUGCAUCCGGGAAUCACUUGAUGAGGAUGCAGCAGUGGCAAUAAAAGCCAUCCAUCAUGACAGACUGCAGGCACUGCGGCACCACUCGCAAGAGCAUUUGUGAUAAACCUGUACAACAUAUGAAGCAUUCAAAUGGACCUACAGUGUAAAAUGGGGCAGAUGAACAGCAGCCUCUGAGAAACACCUGUGACAUACAGUGAAGAACUGUCCACAGAAGUGACGGGAUGACUUUCUCAUUGACCGUCUCAGCCAAAACAUCCAGUGUUUUGGGGCUUCUGGGGUUCAGCACAGUUUCAUCUGUGUUUGAAAAGUCUUGUUUGGUCAAACGUUGUUUUCAAUAUCUAAGCCACAGUUAACACGGUACAUCUUAAUUCAGAAAAAAUACACUGUAAUGGAUUGAUAUGCCCACCAUGAAAGGAUGUUGGUUAAGCAGUCUAAGUUCUAUCUAAUGCCAGAUAAAUUAAAUAAUACAGAAUGUAGAGUUGGGUUGAUUUUUAUUUUGUCCAGUCCAAUGUGCAACCUGAAAGCAAUUUGAUUAUACAGUAUGCAAACCAGCUGAACCAGCAUUUGUUAGUUAAAAAGCAGCCUACAUCAGCAACCUGUGCCAGUGGCAUCACAACACUAAAUCCAACUUGUUUUGCAUCAGUAUUAAACAGUGACGACAUGAUUAAACAUUAUGUUUGUUCAGCUCUGAUGUUACAUGAUGCGAUGUGAUAGUAGGACACUCGCUUGUUGUUGGGACAUGGUGUCGUGUUCCAAUCGGGGGCGGCUGCUGCAUCAAGUGUAUAAAAUUCAGUAUCCUGGUCCACUGUUUUGCUUAGUAACAAACCGGUUUGAACAUUUUUACACCCACUGAACCCUAGGAUGUUUUUAUCAACUGGUUUCUUUUCUAUUUCAUCCAGUUGCUCACAGAGAUUAAAAUUGUAUUUAUUUUUUUAUUGGCGUGUCUUGUUGGGAUGAUCUGAUCCAGCCUUCUCUCCUCAGUCGCCAAUUCUGAUACUUCAACUCUGGAUUUCUGCCAAUACACUCUCUUUUUUCCAAGUUUGAAA